GCUGAGAUGAGAAGGCAGCGUUUGUCUUCUCCUUAUCCUUUUAAGUCUAUCAGUAUUCACUAUCACCCACAACUAUAUCUCUAACCAGUCCCCCCACUUCUUCUUCUUCUUCUUCUUCUUCUUCUUAAUGCUUCGCAGUAACACAGGUUUUGUUCUUUCUUCUUCUGAAUAAUGAUAAGAAGUAGAAAACUAAACGCCCACUAGAAAAAAGAAAACAAGAAAAAAAAAAGUGCUAAAGGAAAAGCCAUGUCGUGCUUAUUGCCUCAGUUCAAUUGCAAACCGGACACAUUCUCUGCCCAAUUCAACUUCAGAACUCACUCUCUUCCCACCCCCAAUUCCCACCUCCCAAAAGCUAGAGAUAUCAAUUCCUUGGCACAAUGUGUUUUAUCCACGACGUCUCCCUCAACGUCUGUAGGAGCAACUUAUGUGCUUAGCGUGGAGAAGCUGAGAUUCCCGUCUUUGGAUGCUAAUUCUGAAUCGGUGACCUCAAACAGACCUUGGACAUAUACAGGGGCAACAGGUCCACCUGUAGAGGCCAACUUUGAAGCAACUUUAGCUACAGAAACACUCCUCACAAGUGAAGAGGCUGUAAUAGCCGCCGCCGCAGCCGAAGCUGUUACUCUUGCGAAAGCAGCAGUCAAGGUUGCAAAGGAUGCGGCUUUACUAGUUAGACCUUCUACCAGAGCAGAAAGUAUAUCUCUAGUUUCUUCUGAAGCUCGAAAUAUAAAAACAGCACAAGCUGCUAGUAGAGUACGAGAUUCUUUGAGAGCUGAAAUGGCUCUGAUCGAAGACCAUCCUCCGAAAGACGCUGCAAAGGAGUCUAAUGAUCUACAACCAACGAAUGAAGAACUUCGAAUACUGCAAGAGCAACUUUCCAAAAGUAUAGCUGUAAGAUCAAGGCGUCAAUCUGAAAGGAAGGCCAAAAGAGACAGAGCAGCCGAGAAGGCUGCUGCGAAUGUUGUGGCUGUCAAAUCUGGUUCUAACAGCCGAAAAAAGCGUGCUUCUGUACAAGACGUGGAUCAUUCUGACCCAUUGCGUUACUUGAGAUCAACAACUAGCACUUCUCGGCUUCUUACUGCUACGGAGGAAAUUGAGCUCUCAGAAGGAAUACAGGACCUAUUGAAGCUGGAAAAGCUCCAGGAGGAGCUUGCCGAACGGUGUGGUGGUCCGCCGACCUUUGCACAAUGGGCUGCAGCUGCAGGAGUCGAUCAGAAGACUUUGAGGAGGCGCAUAAACUAUGGUAUUCUGUGCAAAGACAAAAUGAUUAAGAGCAACGUACGACUUGUUAUAUCGAUUGCGAAAAAUUAUCAGGGAGCUGGGAUGAAUCUCCAGGAUCUAGUUCAGGAAGGAUGUAGAGGUCUUGUAAGGGGUGCGGAGAAGUUUGAUGCUUCAAAGGGUUUUAAGUUCUCAACUUACGCGCAUUGGUGGAUUAAGCAGGCCGUUCGCAAGUCUCUUUCUGAUCAGUCCAGGACUAUCCGCUUACCAUUUCACAUGGUGGAGGCAACUUAUAGAGUUAAAGAGGCUCGAAAGCAGUUGUAUAGCGAAAAUGGAAGACAACCUAAUGAUGAAGAGGUUGCGGAGGCGACAGGGCUAUCAAUGAAGAGGCUGGCUGCCGUAUUACUGACUCCAAAAGCUCCUAGAUCACUGGAGCAGAAGAUUGGCAUCAACCAGAAUCUUAAACCUUCGGAAAUAAUUGCAGAUCCUGAUGCAGAAACGUUAGAGGAUGUGCUGACUAGACAAUUCAUGAAACAGGAUUUAGACAAGGUACUGGACAGCCUCAAUCAACGGGAGAAGCAAGUCAUCCGUUGGAGAUUCGGAAUGGAUGACGGAAGGAUGAAGACGUUGCAAGAAAUUGGGGAGCUGAUGGGAGUGAGUAGAGAGAGAAUUAGGCAAAUCGAGUCGUGUGCAUUCCGGAAAUUGAAGAACAAGAAGAGGACCAAACAUUUGCAGCAGUAUUUGAUUUCACAGUAGCCUCCAUCAGAUAUAGCAGCUAUAUAUCAUAUAUUUAUCACAUAUCUAUGCCCCAACUUUUCAUUUUCUG